CGCCCUGUCCGGUUUCCCAGCGCGGUGGGCGGCGGUGUGGACCGCGGGCCGGGCCGGGCCGGGCCGGGAGGUAGCUGAGGAGCGGCGGGCGCGUGUGCACCCGCACUCACCGCGCGGCUUCACCUCAGGGUGACAGAAGAUGUGUGAAAUGAGUGACUCUGAAGAUGACGGUGUCCCCCAGCUGUCGUCCCAUGCCCUAGCAGCUCUGCAGGAAUUUUAUGCUGAGCAGAGGCAGCAUGCUGACCCCGCUGGUGAUGACAAGUAUAACAUUGGAGUAAUAGAAGAGAACUGGCAGCUGAGCCAGUUCUGGUACGAUCAGGAGACUGCCCGGCGGCUCGCAGAGGAGGCCGGGGCAGCUGCAGGAGAAGGUGGCAGGAUAGCGUGUGUCAGCGCCCCCAGUGUUUACCAGAAGCUGAGAGAGCUGCAGGGGGAGGCAGCCUCGUCCGUCUACAUCUUCGAAUAUGACACAAGAUUUGCCGUGUACGGAGAGGAGUUUAUCUUCUAUGAUUACCACAAUCCAAUGGAUUUGCCCAAGAAAAUUGCUGCACACAGCUUUGACAUCGUAAUAGCAGAUCCCCCCUACCUCUCCGAGGAAUGUCUGAGAAAAACAUCCGAAACCAUAAAGUACCUGACUCGGGGCAAGAUUCUGCUGUGCACAGGUGCCGUCAUGGAGGAAGUGGCAGCAAAACUUCUUGGAGUGAAGAUGUGCAAGUUUAUUCCAAAACACACUCGAACCUUGGCAAACGAGUUUCGCUGUUAUGUGAAUUAUGAGUCUGGGCUGGACCGUGAAUUGUGAAUGCAGUUGGUAAUACAGUGCAGAAAGGA